GAGAAGAGGCCGUUUGUGUGACGUACACAGGGAAGAUGAGCUGAUAAAGAGAUGUAAAAUGUUCUUCUAUCAAAUACCAUGACUUGGAGGAAUAGCAAUGCAUGAAUCAGAUCAAAUCGCUAUAACUGCCACAACGAAUCUCUCCUUUAGGCUCUAUCUGAUCCUGGGCCCUCAGAGGCCGCGAAUAAAUCUCAGUUGGAAAAGUUGAAGAAAGAUGGCGUUCAAAUCUCCAUUUGCUGCAAGUGUGGCAAGUCCCGGCAAAGGCAAGGCUGUGCUUUCGAUACUACCGCCAUCUAUUCCAACAUUAACGACCCUGACAUACAAGUAUCCUCUCAAACUCCUGUCACGUACGCCAGGCUUUACUCCCGAGGAUUCUGUCGCAGGGAAAGAUGCUACAAGACCCAUUCAUUUAUAUUUGUUGACAUAUGGAGGCGGUCUUCUUCCCGGUGAUCAUAUUGAUGUCUCAAUUACCUUGGAGCCUCGGGGGCGAUUGGUAGUCACCACGCCCCAAGGAAGCACCAAAAUUUACAAAACCCCGCCGGAAGGACGGGGCCUAGCCAAAACUGCGGUGUUAGACGAUAUGAGCCGCCAAACGUUGGAUGUUCAUAUUGGAAGCGAGGCCGGCCUCUGUUAUCUUGUCGAUCCAUCGGCUCCAUUCAAGGACAGCCGUUAUGAACAGAUUCAAGUGUUUACUGUGGACGGUUCUCAAACAGGGAAUAAGAGGAGCAGUCUAUGCAUCUUGGAUUGGGUGACACAAGGUCGAAGCUCGCGCGGCGAGAACUGGGACUUUCAAAUCUGGAAAGGGCGCAAUGAGGUGUGGUCUGAAGAUAAGACCACGGGGAAACGACGACUAUUAUUGCGUGACUCCCUUCUUUUGGAUGAUGAAACAAUCAGUCCUCCGCAGAGUCUAGGGGCGAGGUUUCAGUCUAGCGGACUCAUCCGAGAGAGAACGCAUCCAUAUGGUGUUUUUGGCACGUUAAUUCUUUACGGCCCUAUGUUUGAUCAGUUGAGAUCUUAUUUCAUGGAAGGAUUUACCUCACUGCCGCGCAUCGGCGGCCGCAAUUGGUCUUCUACGUCGACAACAGCAGAGCUUUCAAAUAUCCAAGAUAAAGUCACUUGGACGUCUGCCCGAGUUCGAGCAGGGUUCGUACUUGUAAAGUUUGGCGCUAAGGACGUUGAAGCUGCUCGAGAAUGGCUUGGGGAUAUGAUUCGCAAAGAAGGGAGCAUCGCCCGAGAGUUCGGGGAAGAGGCACUGACCUACGAUCUUCCACCCACCACUAUAGCAAAGCCAUUGCCAGUCCACAAAGACAAACAGCAAACGAAACCAGCAAAGAAAGGCGAUAACAGGAAAGCGGGUAAAUCGAAAGACGCCACAUCAAAAUGGGCGGAUGACACACCUCGCGCCUUUGCGCGCUUGAUGCGCUUUCAGCAAUUAGGAAAGGCACCUUCGGGACUCGAUGAUGGUAAUGAUAAACCACAAAACAAGAAACGCAAGCGCGGCGAGGAUAAUGAUUCCUCCACUAAACCGAAUUCAAAAUCAACAGCAGCCUCCAAGCUUUCUGAAGGUAUGGCCCUUAAGAUCCUUCCCGGAGAAAAAUUAUCCGAUUUUGCGGCCCGGGUCGAUCAGGCAAUGCCCUUAUCGGCAAUGAAGAAAUCGCAACGAACAGGUGCAUCGGAGAAUUUGCCCAAAGUCCGUGAGGAGCGUAUCACGAAACACGAGAGACAUUUGCGCAAACUGCAACAGGGCUGGCGGGAAGAAGAGGCUCGGAUUAGCGCCAAGGAAGCUGAGGAGAGGGAAUUGAGGGAAGCUGAAAAUGACGAAUUGGAGGAGAUGUGGAGGGAGGCACAGGCAGAGGCUGGGAUUCUCACAAAGAAGAAGAAGAAGAAAACUCAGUCGAAGAAAAAGAAGAAGGGAAAGAAAAGGGCCGGAGACGAUGGUGACGAAGUCGAGGAUGAUGAUGAUGAUGACGAUGAUGACCCUUGGGCAAAACUUAAUGCUCGUGAACGAGCUGCGAAACCUAUCAACCCGCUAGAAGUUGUGCAAGCGCCUCCAGAGUCGUUGGCUAAACCACGCGAGAUUUUCAGGGUACGGCGAGGUGUUGGCGGUGCUGAGGUCGAUGUUGCUAAUAUUCCUGCAGCAGCAGGAAGUUUGAGGAGAAGAGAGGCACUUGCUGAAGAACGAAAGAGUAUUGUUGAGGAAUAUAGGCGAUUGAUGGCUGCAAAGAGGGGGCAGUAGUAUCACGACCACUGUAUGAGAUAUCACUGUUUUCUACAAGCACUAAUACUUUCCUACAUGCAAGCUCAAAUUAAUAUAGUAUCGAGGGAGACCUACAUGUCAUUAAAAUGCUGGCUCUGCUCUACAUGAAAUGAAUUCUUCAC